UGGGACGCUAAAGAUGGGGAAGACUCUGAAUAAGCUGGAAAAGAUCCUCAUUGCGCUAUUAGUACUGAGUGUGUGCAUUUGCGUGGGGCUCAUAGCCGGAAUCGUUGUCCUGAAGAACAACUCGAAAGGUGUGACAGCUAAUGAUCCCCCACAAACAUCUCAAUCCCCCACUACAACGACCAAGCCUUUGGUAACGACAACAAAAACUACUACAAGAACUACUACUACAACAACAAUGAAACCUUCCCCAACAACCCCUGAUCCCUUCCCAGAUGCCUACCGCAUUGGGGUUGGCAGAACAGACUGCACCGGGUUAUUGGCUGAAGUCCCCUUGAUGGGAUAUGCAAAAAGUGACCAGAUUGCUUCAGGACUCCAUUUGCGGCAGUACAGUCGUGCCUUCAUUAUAGCAGAACCUGAUGAUUCCAAACGGGUGGUGUAUGUCAGCACUAAUAUAGGCAUGAUGUCUCAACGUGUCCGUCUGGAGGUAAUGGAAGAGCUGAAAGUCAAUUAUGGGAAUCUCUAUAGAGAAGAUAACGUCAUACUGAGCGCCUCCAACACCCACUCAGGGCCUGCUGGGUAUUUCCAAUACAACACCUUCGUGCUGGCAAGCCAGGGCUUCAAUAGGCCCCAAACAAAUGUCAUUGUCAGCGGGAUUGUUAAGAGCAUUGAGAGGGCUCAUCAGAACAUGAAGAGAGGGAAGAUUUUUAUGAAUAAAGGGACAGUAGAAAACAGCCAAAUUAACAGAAGUCCAAGCUCUUAUCUCCUUAAUCCAGAAUCAGAGAGGAUCAGGUACUCCUCCAACACGGACAAAGACAUGGUAAUCUUGAAGAUGGUGGAUAUGAAUGAUCAGGACAUGGGAAUGAUCAGCUGGUUUGCAGUUCAUGGAGUCAGCAUGGGCAACGCCAACAAACUUAUUAGCAGCGACAACCUGGGCUAUGCCUCCUACCUGUUUGAGCAAGAGAAAAAUAAUAGAUCUUUGCCUGGCACGGGAUCAUUUGUUGCUGCAUUUUCACCCUCGAACCUUGGUGACGUCUCACCCAAUACCAUGGGUCCUCACUGCGUCAACGCCAACGAGACUUGUGACAACCCAACCAGCACCUGCCCGGCCGGCGGGUCAGUGGCGUGCGUGGCUCUGGGGCCCGGGAAGGAUAUGUUUGAAAGUACCAAAAUAAUCGGAGAACGUAUUUUUCUGAAGGCAAAGGAGCUGUAUGGUAAUGCUUCCAGGGAGCUUGACAAGAAAGUGAAUUUUGCUCAUCAGUGGGUAGAUAUGAGCAAUGUUACUGUGAAGCUGAAUGAGACUCACUCUGUGAAAACCUGCAAGCCUGCCCUGGGCUACAGCUUCGCUGCUGGCACCACUGAUGGAGCUGGUUCAAUCAACUUUACACAAGGCACGUUAGAAGGGGAUCUGUACUGGAAUGCAAUUCGGGAUUUGUAUCUGGGAGCUCCAUCCAAAGAAACACAGGAAUGUCACCACCCCAAACCCAUACUGAUAAACACAGGACAGAUGGAUAAACCAAUACCGUGGCAUCCAAAAAUUGUUGAUAUUCAGAUGUUCACCAUUGGGUCCAUUGCAUUACUAGCAUUGCCGGGAGAGUUUACAACAAUGGCAGGAAGAAGACUACAAGAAGAAGUAAAAAAGAUACUUGAUCCAUCUGGAACCCUCAACACAGAUGUUGUCCUUUCUGGUUUGUGCAAUGUCUACACUCACUACAUCACCACCUAUGAAGAAUAUCAGGCUCAAAGGUACGAGGCAGCAUCUACAAUCUAUGGGCCUCACACCCUUUCUGCUUACUUGCAGUUGUUCAAUGGCCUCGCUAAAGCUAUUGUGGAGAACACAACAGAUGAAUUGCCAAAAGGCCCACGGCCACCUCUCAUCAAUGAGAGCCUUCUUCCAAACAGUUUACCACCCGUGCCACCAGACAGUACUCCAGCGAACAAAGACUUUGGGGAUGUUUUAAAAGACGUAUACCCACGGUAUAGGCGUGGAGACAUUGUUUCAUGCACUUUUGUCGCAGCAAACCCACGAAGUGGAGUUAAUCGCAUGUCGGAGUCAUCGUAUGUAUAUGUAAGAAAACACAACUCACGUGUCAUGUUAUAUAAUGAUGCCUCUUGGGAGACCAGAUAUUAUUGGCACAAGGGCCCUGGCAAUCAGAGCAAUGCCACCGCUGAAUGGCACAUUCCUUUAUCCGCUGAGCCAGGACUCUACUAUAUUGAAGUGUGUGGCUACUACCAACCCCGCAGCAGUUUUCCUGUUCCCCAAGUCUAUAUUGGUGGAUCGUCUUUCUUUCAAGUCACGUGACAAAAAUAAUGAAAUAUAUACAUAUAAAUAAAUAAAAAUGGUUGAUU